AUGGCAAUUUCAAUUGAAACCCUCUUCAAAGAAAGAAAGUACCCUUUCAUUUUCACCCUCUUGGUCUUACUCGUUUGCGUCACGAUCCUCUUCUUCACCAACAUCACUUCCACCUCCACCAUCGACCCAAUUGGCUUCUAUCCUCCUGAUGUCAAAGCGCAACCAGCUCCUACACUCGCAGAUUCUUCCACAAGUCCUAAAGACCAAGAACUGCCCCGAAACAUGACCAAGAUUACAGCCCCGAAAGACCAAGGUUUACCUCAGAAGGAGGUGGUUUUCGGCAAUGUGAAUAUCGAUUGGAAGCUUUGUAAGGGUGCUGUGGCUGUAGAUUAUAUACCAUGUUUGGAUAAUCUUAAGGCCAUUAAGGCUCUGAAAUCAAGGAGGCACAUGGAACACAGGGAGAGGCAUUGUCCUGAUUCUAGUCCCCACUGUUUGCUGCCCCUUCCCAAAGGGUAUAAAGUCAGGGUUCCUUGGCCUAAGAGCAGAGACAUGAUUUGGUAUGAUAAUGUCCCUCAUCCAAAGCUUGUUGAAUACAAGAAGGAGCAAAACUGGGUGGUGAAGUCGGGUGAAUAUCUUCGCUUUCCGGGAGGUGGUACUCAAUUCAAAGAAGGAGUUGACCAUUACAUUAAGUUCAUAGAGAAGACACUACCAGCAAUCCAAUGGGGAAAGAAUAUCAGGGUUGUUCUAGAUGUUGGUUGUGGAGUUGCUAGCUUUGGUGGCUAUCUUCUGGACAAAAAUGUUAUAACUAUGUCAUUUGCACCAAAGGAUGAACAUGAAGCUCAGAUUCAGUUUGCUUUGGAGCGAGGAAUUCCUGCAACUCUUUCUGUCAUUGGAACUCAAAAGUUGAUAUUUCCUGACAACGGAUUCGAUUUGAUCCAUUGCGCACGAUGCAGGGUGCAUUGGGAUGCAAAUGGUGGGAAACCAUUAUUUGAGCUCAAUAGGAUUCUUAGACCUGGUGGUUUCUUUGCAUGGUCUGCAACACCUGUUUAUCGUGAUGAUGAAAGAGAUCAGAAAGUAUGGAAUGCCAUGGUGACUAUAACAAAAGCAAUGUGCUGGACUGUUGUGGCUAAGACUCUUGAUUUAUCUGGAAUUGGGCUUGUUAUAUACCAGAAGCCUACUUCAUCUUCCUGCUACGGGAAACGCAAAGAGAACAAUCCUCCUUUAUGUGCAAAUAACGAAAGGAAAAAUAGCACAUGGUAUGCCACACUCAGCAGUUGCCUUACUCCUCUUCCAGUUGAUAAUGCGGGUAACCUGCAAAGCUGGCCCAUGCCUUGGCCCCAGAGACUUACCAGUAUACCUCCUAGCUUAUCUACUGAAUCAGAUUCCACCGAGAUGUUCUAUAAGGACAGCAAACGUUGGUCUGAAAUAGUUUCAGAUGUUUAUAGGGAUGGUCUUUCUAUAAACUGGUCGAGUGUUCGAAAUAUCAUGGACAUGAAUGCUGGUUAUGCAGGAUUUGCUGCCGCAAUCAUUGAUCUACCAGUGUGGGUGAUGAAUGUAGUACCUAUUGAUAUGCCAGAUACUCUUUCUAUUAUAUAUGACAGAGGGUUAAUAGGAACGUAUCAUGAUUGGUGCGAGUCUUUGAAUACCUACCCUCGCACAUAUGAUCUUCUUCAUUCUAGCUUUCUCUUCAAAAGUCUUGAGCAAAGAUGUGACAUGGUAGAUGUAGUUGUGGAGAUAGAUCGCAUAUUGAGGCCAGAUGGGUAUCUCCUGGUUCAGGACUCUAUGGAAAUUAUUAGCAAGCUUGGUCCGGUCUUGCGUUCACUUCAUUGGUCUAUUACAUUGCAUCAAAAUCAGUUUCUUGUUGCUAGGAAGAGUUUCUGGCGUCCAAGUUCAUGA